AUGUUUAGGAGGUAUAGAAAUAGCAGCAACUCGUCAAGAGUACAGCAGCAAGAACAACAACGGAAACAACGAGAACAACGUCAACAAAAAGUGGAGGAAGAGCAAGAAGACGUACAUCAUCCUCAACAACAACAACAACAACAACAACAACAAUUGCAGCAGGAACUGCAAAGGCUGCGGCUGAAACGUCUUUCUGAAGAUAAUCCCAUCAUCCAUUCCAGAUCACGUUCUGCUGCUUCAGAACCUUCAUCAGUUCCACGACCAGUGCGUCCGCCAGUUACGUCAUCGUCUCCAUCACCAAGGCGUGAAGUUUCAUCGUCGCCACUAUCCAUAUUUCCACGAAGAAAGAGUAGUCAGUCAAAUAAUGCACUUACUUCACUCGCCUCAUCCUCGUCAUCGUCUGCAAAUGCACCAUUACAGCGAGACUACAAAUACGAAGUAUUACAUCCAGGCUCAUUACCGGAGUCCAGGAAUGAUGGAUUGAAUCGGUCGCAGAUAUACCACGGAAACCAAAACGGAAACCAGAACGGAAAUGGAAACGAAAGCGAUGAUUUGUUGUCGCCUAUGACCUCGGCGGCUUUUGGCAGCAAUAACUAUAGCAACUACGACAAUGACGGUGUGGCGCUGGACGACCAACACUCUAUUGCAUUGUCGGAGUCAGAUACGCUUAUAGUCACAAGAAACGAUAGACGUGAAUUACAACCUUCUUACACCGAUAACUUUACAUUGUAUUACCCCUACGUGAUUCGGCGAAUGUUAUUAGCACAAAUAGGAGAGAGACAUCAUCAAAGAAACGUGGAAGGAGAAUCCCGUUCUGUUUCUGCCUCUGGUCUGGGUUCUGGUUCUAGAGCUGGCCCUGAAGAACAGCACACACACAGAACUUUUACAAAUGGUGAAGAGGUUUCAGAACAAGAUCGUGAGGAGGUUGAACACGAGUAUUAUGAAUAUAAUGCAGAUGGUGUUGACGAUGGAGAUUUAUCUACCAUAAUCAACGAUGAUCAAGCACCGGUAGAAUAUACAGCCAUUGAGGGUGCAAAGAUUAUGCGAAAGGGUCUUGUCGAUUUUGAUUACAAACGUGAACUUGUGAUUAUGACAGGAAUGUUACUCAAGCAUACAACAUAUAUAUUUCCCACUGUCAAGUCUUUUGAGCUAUUUAAAGAACUAAGACUCAAGGUGAAGCAAGAACGGAAAAAUUCUAUAAUCUUGUAUGAUCCAAAGAAUGGCGGUAUUCGAAGAGCAUCCUCUUCGACCAGCGUUGACAAAAUCAAAAAAGAAUUUGCUAUUCCAGAGGGAAGUGAAGAAAUUGUUGAUGAGCGAAAUCACAUUGUUCCCAUGGAUUACAAGAUCAAGGGGCUUGGACUACCUUUGUUUAAGAUGUUUGUUCCUUACAUGUCCACUUUUCGACGCAACUCACCCUUCAUCAUAUUUAAAAGAUACAAAGAGGUUCCAAGCUCACCUGUGAGCUGUUCUUCCUCAUCGGGUUCUUCUCCAGAUGACACGAGCUUUGAAACUUAUGAUUUUUGUUACGUACAAUCAAGAUACUUUCAAAACUACCGACGCUUUAUCUACGAGUUUUUACCGAACACGCCCGAUGCUUUUAAAGUAAUUUCUAUACAAUCAAACUUUUGUCCUUUUACCGACUUUGUCUACAAAGAAACACGUUUUCGAAUACUUGGAACCACGAUCUCGACAGGUUUAAUGUGUCAAUAUAUACCGCACAUGAAACUUGUUGUUAUCGACGAUGAUCAGGACUCAUUAUGUGAUGAGCUAUAUAAUAAACCUCCAUCUUCGGCAACUUCAUUUCUUCAUCUCAAGAAGGACUCGCAUGCGGAGUUGCCACAAUUCAAUUUUAAUGAUCCAAGUACAUUUAUCAACCCUGUACCUUCAAAGCAAAAUAAAUUAGCAUAUAGACUCUCCACGUCGCUUACGCCGAUAGACCUUAAGCAUGGUCUUAUACCGAUUGAGCUUCCUCCUUUUGGAAGCUUCAAGGAUUCAUCAUUGUAUUUACCGAAUACAACGUUUGGUAUUCCCAAAAAGUAUAAUGACUUGGGAAGGGUGGAAGUGUAUCAGAACCUCAACGCUACGUUACCGUCAUCAUCAUCAUUGAAUGCCGGCCCAGUAACACCACAAGUAUCUUCUUCAGAGACAGACCAAGGUAUUUUCCCCAUGACUUCGGCUUCGUCUCAUGCCAACACAGCCAAUGAAGCGAAUAAUACUAAUGGUACUAUCAGUGGUAAUGACAACAACCCUUUCAGAUCGGAAUAUGCCAAGGAUGUCAACAGCACAUUAUCGGUGGACAUGGACACAAUGGUUCUUACAGUGAUUUUGAGCACGAUGCGUGAAGUUAACGUGCGCAAUGCUGGUAAAUCCAGUUCAAAUACUGGAAUAAUUGGUGGUCAUGCUGCAUCGAUGGCUCGAGUUGGUGGAUUUGGAAUGGGAGGUGCUGGUCCGUUGAAUCUUAUGUGA